UCUUCCAGAAGGGGAAGCGGGCCACCUUCCCAAUCCGCCAUUCCCAUUACCCGCGAAAAAACAACGCGCCCCUCCUCCUCCUCCUUCAUCUUCCUCCUCCUCCCCCGUGGGCCCCGUUGCCGAUUCCGCCGACAAGCAACGGAAUGGACGACGUGGAGCAUAACAAUAAUGUUGAGGACCCAAAGAAGCCGGCUCCAUCCCCGGUUGUUCACAUCCGGGGACUGGCUAGCUCUGCCGAUGAAUCGCAGGUCAUGGAAGCCCUGCAGGAAUUUGGAACGGUCAGACACGUGGUGAUGAUGCCACACCGGCGGCAGGCGCUGGUGGAGUUUGAGCGGCUUGAGGAUGCUCGUGCCUGCGUGGCGGGGACGGCUGGUGACCCCGUGUAUGUGGGUGGGCAGCCCGCAUACUGUAACUUCUCCACCAGCCAGCGGAUCUCGCGCAAGGGUGGCACCCCGGCCGACGAUGUGGCCAGGACCAACCACAUCCUGCUGCUCACAGUCAACAAUGCUCUGUAUCCCAUCACUACCGAGGUGAUUCACACGAUUUGCAGCCCAUAUGGUGUGGUGCAGAGGAUCGUUAUCUUCAAGAAGAAUGGAGUGCAGGCUUUGGUGGAGUUUGAUUCCAUCCCAAGUGCUCAGCAAGCCAAGAGCUCACUCAAUGGAGCUGAUAUUUACUCUGGAUGCUGCACAUUGAAGAUAGAAUAUGCCAAGCCUGCACGUCUAAAUGUGUACAGGAACGAUAGCGAGACCUGGGACUACACUUUGGAAGGUCCUUGUGUGCCGAAUGGACAACAGAAGAAGCAGCCAGCACUGCUCGGUGACCAUCCGUCCACUAUGCGAGGAUAUGGAAACCAGCAAGGAAGUUACUGCGCCCAGAACUACUCGUUCAAUAACUACACUUCUGGCUCUCCUGGAAGCCCUUACAACCACACUGCGGAGGCACGUUUGGGGUUUGGCAAUGCGCGUCCGACCACACCGAUGAGUGGACCGGGCACCUGUGCCCCCCACAACAACCCAUGCCCCAUGGGGGGCUCAGCUGCCAACCGCGUGAUGAUGGUGUACAACAUGAAUCCCAGCGUGAUGAACUGCAGCCGCCUCUUCAACCUCGUCUGUCUGUAUGGCAAUGUUGAGAAGAUCAAGUUUCUGAAGAGCAAGCCUGGCGUCGGGAUGAUUCAAAUGGCCGAUGCAGCUUCAGUGGAUCGUGCCGUUGCAAACCUCAACACGGCACAGCUGUUUGGCCAAAAGCUCAGCCUCUCGGUGUCGAAGCAGCAGGAGAUCGUGGCAGGCCAGGCCUUUGAGCUGGAGGAUGGCUCGGACAGUUUCCGUGACUUUGUGGGCUCCCGCCACAACCGUUUUUCCACUCACGAGCAAGCUUCCAAGAACCGCAUUCUGCCGCCGUCGGCCAUCCUGCAUUUCUACAGCGCCCCGCCAGAGUUUUCCGAGCAGGCUUUCAUCCAGAUUUGUGAAGAAACUGGCGUGAAGAAGCCAAACGCCUUCAAGCUGUUUUCAUCCAAGAAUUUUGCGAAUACAUUAUUGACAGGUGAAAGGACAUCCUCUGGUCUGGCAGAGUGGGACAUUAAAAACGAUGCUACAGAGGUCGUGGCGGUGGUGAACCACCAUCAGCUCAAGAAUCCCAAUGGGUUCUUCGCUUACACGCUGAAGCUCUGCUUCUCGUCAGCCCAGCAGGUGGCAUGAAGCGCCCGUGGCGGGGCAAACGCACGCGGGGACUAGAGAUAGAAACCCCACCGAGUCCGCGCACCCUCCUGCACGCACGCCCCUCCUCCCACCGCCCUCACCCGCACAGCCGUCAACUUGCACCGCCCACCGCGCACCCACAGUCCAGCCCUUAGUCCGACAAGCCGCAAACGACUUACACCCAUGUCGCAAACUUGUUUCAUGUCUUGAUUUCAUUUUUUUCGUCUUUUUGUCAUGCAAAGGUGCAAAAUGCACCCGAUACUGUACGAUUAGGGCCACGUUGUGAGCAAAAGUUUCGCACACAAGUUAUUUUAAGAAAAUGGUAAAGGAUUUUGUUUUUGAAAGAUGGUAGUUUUAUUGCUUUUGACUCCCCCCAGGAAAAUGAAUGUAAGUCUGUUUUGGUUUGUACAGGCGGUUAAUUAUGUUGUGGUCUGUAUGGAAAGUAACCAAAUGUAUAAAGGUAUUUCUUUACCGCUUCACAAAAUUCAAAAGAAACGUCGUACUCAGAUUUUUAAUGUGAUUUGAUAUUUAGUUACAGUAUUUCAUGUCGCAGUACCUGUCAAUAAAGGGCUGGAUUGGUUAUGCAGGAAAA